AUGACCACGAGCCACAAGCCCCAUCAGAACGUCCGCUUCGAGCUCGUCGUGCGUCGCAAGCAGCCCAAGGCGCAGCUCUCGGUCGAAGCCGCGUCGUGGACGCACAGCCGGCCGUUCAGAGACUACAGCGCGCUCCGGAAGAACCUGCUGCGCGAGCUGCAGCCCGGACACAACUGCUCCGCCGAGUGCAGGUGGCUCUACACGGUCGUGAAGCAGCACUUCCCCAAGACACAGAAGAUCUUCGCUCUAUGCGCGUUCAAGACCGAGCGGCAGCGGGCGGCGCUGUUGCGCGCCAUGACCACGAUCCAGUCGACGCUCGUGACGCACGGCAACCACGGCUGCAAGGUGCUCAUGGGGGCCGUGCUCAACACCUUCUCGACGUUCCUAGUCGACGACAGGACGUCGCUGUCGACCAACUCCGUCUCGCUGGCGCUGCCCAACCGUCAAGGGGUGUUUGGCCUGCCCAGUAGUCUAGGAAGACGGCUCGCCAGCCUCCGCAGCCUCUCUCGCGUCCGCGCCAGCGCCAGAUGA